CAAGGCGCGGUUGAUUUCGACUGUGUGUUACUUAUUCCUCAUAAGGUAGAGAUAACCCUUAGUUUAAAGCUUGUUAAGUAAUUGGUUGUUAAGAUUAAUUCACUGGAUCGGGCGAUCCAAGUUGUUUUAAAGCUUUUAAAAAAUUAAAAGCAUUUUAGUUACGGAUAUACUUCAACAGCAAGUUCAACCAUCCGAAAGAAUUUCUUAUUUCAAUGUCUAAUUCACCUAUUUUGGGUAGUAGUGGAUACUCCUCCUUGGUUAGACUUUAUCAAGAUAAAUUACUUGUAGACUGGGUUUAUUUUUCUUUUCAAUAUUAUUGUGGGGACUGGUGUGUUGACACUUCCAGCCGCGUUUCAGCAAGCUGGAUGGUUGAUCUCAGUAUGUGUGGUUGCUAUUCUGUGCUUUUUAAGGUAGGUGGCACUAUUUCUACUCCCCCAGUUUUUUAACUUUCACAUUCGUCAUAGAAGCAUUGUCUAUAACCAACGCUUUGCAGAAGUCUAACUUUCUACAAAAAAGUAAGAGGCAUAAAGGGAAUAGAGUUUCGGUUGAUAGUAUAUCUACUGGUAUGUUAUGUGCUCAUUCAUGUACUGUUUCCAGAAGUCGCUGCUAGAACCGUUCCAAAUGACUUCCAAAUUACGGAGAAAUACGAGCUUGUUAGUUUUUUUCCCUUCAAGUAAUGCUUUUUUUCUCAGGGUCAGAUGUCGCUCAUUUAUUUCGGAAAAGUUGGAAAUAUUUUAAUGUACAUCAAUAUUUGUGCAUAUCUAUAUGGUGACCUUACCAUAUACUCUGCAGCAGUUCCAAAGUCCAUCUGCAAUGUUAUUUGUUCUUUUAACAACUCGUGGAAUUCUUUGUCGGAAUCAGACCUUUGUUGGGAGUCGUCAUCUCUUACACGCUUAGAUGUAUAUAGGAUAUUAGUUGUUUGCUUUGGUGCAUGUGUUUGCCCAUUUUUGUUUUUCAAUGUAAUUCGUUCUCGAUGGCUUCAGUUACUGACAGUUUGUCUACGGUGGAUUGGUUUUAUUUUAAUGUUGAGUCUUUCAAUUGAAAGAGCAAUUAUUUUACGUCAACAUAUUACAACUUCAUCUUUCUACCCUAAUGUUAGCAUGUUUUGGAAUCCUUCAGUAUAUUCACUAUUUAUACAAUCUGAACCAAUCCCAAAACCACCAGCUUUUCAACCUCAAAAUAUACCAAGUUUAUUUGGAGUUUGUGUGUACGCAUUUAUGUGUCAUCAUUCUAUACCUGGUAUCGUAACUCCCGUUCGAAAUAAGACCAAUAUACUAUGUAAAAUAUUUAUACCUGUUUUUAUUACAGUUCUGUUGUUUAACUUUUUAUUAUCUGCUACAGCUAUCAUUGCAUUUAAUCACAUUGAAGAUAUUUACACAUUAAAUUUUUUACCGAACAAAGAAUUUAUUGAUUUAUCACGAAUUCCUUAUACAUUGGCUUUAAUCAUUGGUUAUUUCUUAUGUUUAUUUCCUGUCUUUGCUUUAACAUCAUCUUAUCCAAUAGUGGGCACUAGUUUACUUGGAAAUAUUUUCUCUUUAUGUGGUUUUUUCUCUGUAUGCAAAAGUGAUCAUGCUCAAAAAAUUUUGAAGUAUACAUUACCAUUUGUUGUCCUAUUACCACCAUUAAGUAUUGCAUUAAUAACUGAUAAUGUUGGCUAUUUGACUGGUUUUACUGGGGCAAUUUUCGGCUCAGGCAUACAAUAUGUAAUACCGGCACUUUUAGUAUUUAAAGCACGUCAAUACUUUACACAUUAUGUCACACUGAAAGAUAUUGAUACUGAAACAAUAACAGAAACAGCAAUAGAUCAGCGCAGUGAUGAUGUGGCACCGAUAAAUCUUACUGAUGAAAUGAUACAACCAACAUCCAGCAAUGUUGAUGAUAAUAUGGAGAGUGAAGAGAAUAUCUUAUAUAGCUCAUCAGACCAUUUAACAGCACCACAUUCUGUUUCAAUUAUCGGUAAAGGUUUCAACCACCAUUUACUAUCUACUUCAAUGCAUGCAUCACCAUUUCAACAUUAUUUAUGGAUAAUAACAAUUUUAAUUUGGGCUUUAUUUUGUACAAUUAUCGUCCUUAUUGACAAAAUACACCAUCUCUGAAUGCAUUGUAUUUUCAGGAUUCUACUUAUAUUAAUCCAAAAAUGUUUAAAACUUCUUUAUUAAUUCUUAGUUGAUUAUGGCUUUUUUAUGCUGAUUUUUAAUAAUAUUUUGUUAUUUGCAAUCUAUAUUAAGCUUCUUAGCACACUUAACUAUGUUUUACAAGAUUGUAUGAUUACACUAUCUGAACCUUCGACCAUUAGUAAAUCAACCACUUAUAAGUAAGUAGGUGUUCAUAUUUUUUUGUAAUUAAACAUAUUUCGUAUCUGUAACAAUAUGAAAAUCAUGCAGAAUUUUUUAAAAAAUGUAUCAUACUGUAAUUUUUAAUGACUUGAGCUACUUAUUUUAUAUGAUUUCUAUUUUGAGUAUGGAAUGUGCAAAAUUAUUCAGCACAAAAUACUACUUAAAAUGUUUACAAAUUUUUCUCUUUUAACAUUUUAACCUCCUUUUCACUUUUUUUUAAAGUAUAUUUUCUCAUAUUUUUUUUUAAAUUAUAGAAGAUAUUUAUUCUGAAAACUUCUCUUUUAUUAUCAGCUUGCAAUUGAUCAUUAUUACUUGAAUUUUAUCAAUAAAAAGGUUAAAACCAACCAACCAAUCUUAAUCACAUCGGAAGUAUACAAUAAAAAAAUUGGCGAACAAAUGUGAAAUUUUAUUUUAUUCUUGAAAUAAAUAGACAUAUAUUAUGAUUAUUA